GAGGAUAAAAGGCCCCCCGGGACACCCCGGGAGGCCCGUUAACGCCGCUCGCUCGGCCCACGGCGCCCAGCCCAGCCUUGACCGUCCGGGAUCCAGCGGAUACCCUGGAAGUCACCAUGAUGUGGUCCUCACCAACCACCCUCUCCUUGUUCCUGCUUCUGCUCCUGGGCCAGGUUCCUCCCAGCAGGCCACAGUCACCUGGCACCAAGACCAUCCGGCUGGUGGGCCCAGGAAACAAGCCAGAAGAGGGCCGCCUGGAGGUGCUGCACCAGGGCCAGUGGGGCACCGUGUGUGAUGACAACUUUGCUCUCCAGGAGGCCACAGUGGCCUGUCGCCAACUGGGCUUUGAGUCUGCCUUGACGUGGGCACACAGUGCCAAGUAUGGCCAAGGGGUGGGACCCAUCUGGUUAGACAAUGUGCGCUGUGUGGGCACCGAGAGCACCCUGGACCAGUGUGAGUCUAACGGUUGGGGCGUCAGUGACUGCAGCCACUCGGAAGAUGUUGGAGUGGUGUGCCACCCCCAGCGCCAGCAUGGCUACCUCUCUGAAAAGGUCUCCAAUGCCCUUGGGCCCCAGGGCCGGCGGCUGGAGGAGGUCAGGCUCAAGCCCAUCCUCGCCAGUGCCAAGCGGCACAGCCCUGUGACAGAGGGGGCUGUGGAGGUGCGCUACGAGGGCCACUGGCGGCAGGUGUGUGACCAGGGCUGGACCAUGAACAACAGCAGGGUGCUGUGCGGGAUGCUGGGCUUCCCCAGCCAGGUGCCUGUCAACAGCUACUACUACAGGAAAGUGUGGAACUUGAAGAUGAAGGAUCCCAAAUCUAGGCUGAAUAGUCUGACAAAUAAGAAUUCCUUCUGGAUUCACCGGGUCAGCUGUCUGGGGACAGAGCCUCACCUGGCCAAGUGCCAGGUCCAGGUGGCUCCAGGACGGGGCAAGCUGCGGCCAGCCUGCCCAGGUGGCAUGCAUGCUGUGGUCAGCUGUGUGGCAGGGCCCCACUUUCACCCACAGAAGCCAAAGCCCCGGCGCAAGGAGUCCCGGGCAGAGCAGGAACUGAAGGUGCGCCUGCGCUCCGGGGCCCAGGUGGGAGAGGGUCGCGUGGAGGUGCUCGUGAACCGCCAGUGGGGCACAGUGUGUGACCGCGCGUGGAACCUCGCGUCGGCCAGCGUUGUAUGCCGUCAGCUUGGCUUCGGCUCUGCGCGGGAGGCCCUCUUCGGGGCCCAGUUGGGCCAAGGGCUAGGGCCCAUCCACCUGAGUGAGGUGCGCUGCAGGGGCUAUGAGCGGACCCUCGGUGAUUGCCCCGCGCUUGAAGGCUCGCAGAAUGGUUGUCAACAUACAAACGAUGCAGCCGUCAGGUGCAACAUCCCCGAUAUGGGCUUCCAAAAUCAGGUGCGCUUGGCUGGUGGGCGCAAUGCUGAGGAGGGUGUGGUGGAGGUGCAGGUGGAGGUGAAUGGGGUCCCACGCUGGGGGACUGUGUGCAGCGAUCACUGGGGGCUCACCGAAGCCAUGGUGGCCUGCCGACAACUUGGCCUGGGUUUUGCCAACUUCGCCAUCAAGGACACAUGGUACUGGCAGGGGACACCUGAAGCCAAAGAAGUGGUGAUGAGCGGGGUGCGCUGCUUAGGCACGGAGCUGGCCCUGCAGCAGUGUCAGAGGCACGGGCCUGUGCAUUGCUCCCAUGGCUCGGGGCGCUUCUCCGCCGGAGUUGCCUGCAUGAACAGUGCUCCAGACCUCGUGAUGAAUGCGCAACUGGUGCAGGAGACAGCCUACCUGGAGGACCGCCCCCUCAGCCUGCUGUACUGCGCCCACGAAGAGAACUGCCUCUCCCAGUCCGCCAACCACAUGGACUGGCCAUAUGGACACCGGCGCUUGUUGCGCUUCUCCUCACAGAUCUACAACCUGGGCCGGGCCGACUUUCGUCCCAAGGCUGGGCGCCACAGCUGGAUUUGGCACCAGUGCCACAGGCACUACCACAGCAUUGAAGUCUUCACACACUACGACCUGCUCACGCUCAAUGGCUCCAAAGUGGCUGAGGGACACAAGGCCAGCUUCUGUCUAGAAGAUACAAACUGCCCCACAGGACUGCAGCGGCGCUAUGCGUGUGCCAACUUUGGGGAGCAGGGGGUGACUGUAGGCUGCUGGGACACCUACAGGCAUGAUAUUGAUUGCCAAUGGGUGGAUAUCACAGAUGUGGGUCCAGGGGACUACAUCUUCCAGGUGGUUGUGAACCCCACAAAUGACGUGGCAGAGUCAGAUUUCUCCAACAACAUGAUGCGCUGCCGCUGCAAGUAUGACGGGCAGCGGGUCUGGCUGCACAACUGCCAUACAGGAGAUGCAUACCGAGCCAAUACAGAGCUCUCCCUGGAGCAGGAACAGCGACUCAGGAACAACCUCAUCUAAAGUCAUUACUGCAUACUCCCAGCUCUGCUCACAAACCAGAUACCUCAGCUUACUGGAGCCAUGCCCUUCACAGAGCCCUGACUCAAGAGGAAAAGGGGUCAAUGUGCCAAGGGGCACCAAGAACCUGCUCAGGAAGCCUUUUGAUGGCAAGAUCACCACACCAUAAUGGUAGUGCUCGCUCAGGAUGGCUCUAGGCCUCUCCAGAGGGCCUGUGGCCUGUAGAACAUGGCCUCUAGGCUCUGGUCAGCUAAGCCUCCUCUUCCAUAAGGAGUCACAAUCCUUCCUGAAACUUGUUGCAAAAUUCCCAGCUGCAGGAGAUCUCAGUUCCUUAGGGAUAAACUGUGGCCCAGACCCUCAGUUCCUUAGGGAUAAACUGUGGCCCAGGCCCACAUCUAGCUGGUGCUUUGCAAAUGUCUUGGAGGAACAGAAGACAGAUGACCAAAGUACACAGAAGUGGAGUUGGCUCUCUGCUAGGAGCAAAAUGUGAUACAACUGUGUCAGUCACACCUGGCAAAGAAGUUGGUGAAUGAGGUCCCUCACUUCAUCCACAUUUAGAACUCACCUCUUAGCUGGUGACUAUACCUUUGUCCAACCACACAUGUGAGGUUUUUAAUAUCCUUUACACUCAGACUUCAGGCAUCCCAUCAUUUCCUGAUGGGUCAAGACCCCUACUUACUGAGGCUUGAUGAAGGGCAAGUUUCACAGAAGUGGCAAGGCAGGGCCUUCCCUGCAGAGCAGUAAGAGUUCAAGAAGAAAGACUACUGUGGUCAUACAGACUCAGCCUUUGUCAGUCCUCUGUCAAGGGAAACAAAUGUCUUAUACCUGCUAAGCAAUCCAGUUAAGAUUAUCACAUAUGUCAGGAUUGGCUUAAAUUUCAAGUCUUAACUAAGCCAACUUUACCUUAAAAUGUUUGUAAAGGAAAGAACAUAGGUCAAACAAGCCACUUUCUAUAGGAAUAACAAGACUUGUCUGAUAGGGUAAGGGACAAAAGACUUUGGGGGAAAGAAGAAUGGAGAAUUUAAUUUAGGUAAGGGGGAAAGGUCCCCUUCUUGUGUGAUGUGGCUACACUGUGCUCUUGCUCAGGUGGUAUAAAAUCCCAGUGUCUUCUUGGACAUGACUUGACCUUUUCUCCACUGACACACAAAGGGAUGAUCCUUAUCAUAGGUGUGACACCCUAAUACCAAUAAAGGUUGCUCAUUAUGGACUGCUACAAAGGCCACACUAGCUGUGAUUAUGUAGUUUCCAGCACGCAAACUCUCCCCCUUUUUCCUCCCAUUGAGCUGGGAUGAGGAUACAUGCACAGGGGACACUGACUACUCAUGACAGUCCUACCCCAGUAUGUUUCUCUAGUCGGGUAUUAGCCUACCUUCUGCUUCUCAGUCGUGCCUCGUGCCCAGGCUCAAUGCUAAAGACAAAGGUUAGAAAGGUAAAAAGGUGGAAGGUAGGAGUGAGAAGGUACAAUCCAAGGCCCGUAAACUUUAAUAACAGAGGUGCAAAACCAAAAAAAAAAAAAAAAAAAAAAAAAAAGGUAGCAGACAGCAGAUUUACAAUGCUCUGCUCCCCACAACAUAAGAGCUACUCCCUGUAUAGGGAGUCAAAAGGGACAUGACCUAAGGUAUGCUCUGUGACCACGAAGUAGUGCUUUCCUCCUCCCUCUGCUCUACUAGUCUCCUUUAUCCAUUCUCUGAUCUGCUUCAUCAGGCAGAGGGAGCCUAUUUUGGCCUGGCAGUUUAGGUAAACAAGGGAAGGACUGAUUUCCUGCUGGACCCAGCAAACAUCUCCCAAACAGUAACAACAUUAUAUUCACACAUGUAGCUAAUGGUCUGUGAAGGAAUGUGCAGCUAGUGGGGGAGUGUCUGGUGACUGAUGACUUGAUCUGGGCAGGGAGGUUACCCUCAGCUUUUUGCUGGAUCUAAUUUCCAAGAGACCAGAAAAAUCAAGCCAGGCAGACAGCCACCAGUUAUGGUCUCAGUCUAGCUGCCCACAUCACACGUUUGGUAGGUGCAGCCAGUUCUAAUUCCUGGAAAAAGCUAUACAAGGGUUGUGCUGUUAAGACUUCUGAGUUGAAAGAGAGAGACACAGGAAGACUGGUAGCUGGUCUGACUUAUAACUAGAUGAGGAAUGUUAACAGAAUACCAAAUAUCAAAUUCUAGACAGAAUCAAACCUCAGAAGGCCUUCACCUUGGCACACUUUGGGCUCAGAGAAACUGAAGUGCUAGAAACCUCAGCCUUCCUCUUACAUGUUGUAUUCUACAAAGAUUUUCAUACUAUGAAGAACAAAGAAGAAUUUGUGGGGAAUAUUCCUCUCUUCUAUCAACUCUAGGUAACCCUGGGCUUCAGGUGUUUGACAUACAUGAAACAAUGUGUGUGCACAGAUCCCCACUAUCCAACAUCAUUUUCUUUCACAGUAGCCAUGCUGUUCAAACAGAUCUACUUACCUUAGAGAAGUCUGUUCAGGAGACUAUAGCCACAGCCAUGGGGUACUCUCUAAAUAACUCCUCCUGUGAAGGCAUGACUUAGACCAAACCAAGUAUUUGAUUCCUAUCUGGACGAACUUGAAGUAGUCUCUGUUGGACCAAGGCCAGAGCUUGUUACCUCUGGUUAGUAAGCAACAACUUCAGCUACUGGAAUAUUAUUAAAAAGCACUUUUCAACUUACAGUAAAAGGAGCAACAGUCUAUAAAUUUCAAAUAUUGAUUAAAAAAUCAUUUCUCUGGGUUUGGUUGUAAGAAGAAACCUAAGAAAUAAAAGUGGCUGACUGUCAGAUGUCAGAUAGACUGCUAAUACACAUUAUUAAGAAUGAGGAAAAAGUAAUUUUGGAAAUUAUGAGGGCUAUUAAGAAAACUGGUUAAUAAACAUGGGGCUAUAUUUUGCCAUUAAAAUGCCUUUAAAGGGUAAAAUACAGUCAAUAAGAGAAAGUACUUUCAUGGUCAAGUGACGAAAGCAGUCACCACGUUUUUAAUCCCAGUAUCAUUUUUAGCCUUUCAAAAAUCAAAAUACGCACUAUGAGCUAAGUAGUAGAGUGCUGCCUAACAUGUGUGAGGCCCUGGUUUGUACACCAGCACUGGGAGAGGAGAUGAUUAAAACAGGAAACAUGUACCUUAGAAGUUCAUCUUUCAGUAACAAGCCAAGUCUCCACAUUUUCUUUCAAAGCACCCACCUGUUCAGACAGAACUACUGACAUAGUCUGUUCUGAGACGACAGUGGACAAUCCUAUAGGUACAAGUCAGAGGCUGAAUGAAAGCAGACAGAGGGUCAAGAAAACAACUUACUGAAGCUCCAAACUUUGGCAUAGAUGAGGACACUGGAAAAACUGACCAACAAUGAGAGAAGCAAUGCCAAGGAACUGUGACAGGAGUCUAAGACUAGAAUAGCAGCAGGGACAGUUAGGUCAGGACUAAGACCCAGUGUCAUUUGAGGAACAUUUAAACAGCGCCCCAUUCUACCAUGGUUUAGGUAAAGCUAAUAAUCCAUCAUUGUCAAAGGCAUUAAAUCAUUUUUUUUAAAAAAAAGUUUCUGUCCUAGUUGAGAGCACAAUGAGACACCAUUUCCUGCCACUUCAGCACCUUGAAGACUAGCACUACUGUUCUUUAGUGCAGAACUACUUUCUAAAAGCACCAAGAAAGCAGAUGUGAGGCAGAAAAAGUGAGAGUCGAUGGCUGUGACCUGUCCAUGUCCUCUGGGAAAGCUCACUGCCUAGAGGUGUUUAUUUCAUCCUGGCUGCUCAUCAAGGUAAUGGAUGGUCUAGUGCUGCCUGCCAGGUGCCUCUGGCUCAGGCUGAGAUGAUCAUACCAAGAACAUGCUGUGUGCCAGAUGUCUUCUGCAAAAUGUCAGGUUUGACAUAAUGGGGAAGGCAAGAGGUUUGGGUGGGGAUGCACAAGGAGAUCAAGAAGGCAAGAAGCACUACCACAUAGCAACCUCAGCUGGAAUAGGCCACAAGCAGUGAGCAGUCUACUUGCAGGAAUUCAAUAAAAGUGACAGAUCCACUUCAGCCAUGCAUAGCAUCAUAGGCAUAAAGAUAAGAGGAAAGCUGCUCUCCCAUUUCUUUGUAGAAAAAGAAAAAUUUCAAAAUACCAGAAUGAUGUAAGUCAAAAAAUAGCCUUUAAUGUCUCCCUCUUACAACAUAUUACUGUUUAAAUUGGAGCUGGCACACGGCUCCCCGAGACUGGCUUACUAUGAGGAAUGAAGGUGGCAGCCCCUUGGCUGCUCUGCAGCUGGAGCAGCCCCAGGCACUGAGCUUAGUACAAAAUCUGGAAUCCAAAGAGCCACAUCUGCUACUGUAGUCCACCAGCUUCGGAGUUCUGAAAGCUGCAGUAUAGAUUUUGUGUAGGCUGAGUAUACCAAACACUGUUCUCUGUCCUGCUCGUUUCUCCUCAGUGUCCUCAAUAAUACUGUUCUCUGCUUUGUGAAGUAUUAAGGGAUGCCCUGAGUUUGCAGGGCUGUUAUUUCCCAUCACAGCAGGUUUGAAUCCUCUAUUCUGUUUUUCAUGUGCUUUAGACCUCUUACAAAGCAUGACCCACAAUGACAGGGCUUGCCCUAUCCAGAGGCCUCUGGAAGAAGUCUCUCUCAUUCUUCCCAGUUCACGGCACCUUUUCAUACCCACUACAGUAAGACAGUUCUGAAGAAUUGUACUUUGGAGUGAGGACAGGAGCCCAUCUUCUCUCUGUACCCUGCCAGUCUUUAUCAUAUUCACUUUUUCUCUUUCGUUAACAUGCAUAUUUGCACGUACACAGCUCUGGAAAGGCCUCAUGUCUGAAGACGAUGGAAACACUUCCUAAUUCAUGGAAUGAUUUCUUUCAUUGAUAUUCAAACUGCAGACUGGUCUCUGCCUUCCCAGAUGUCUUCCCGUUGCUUGGCUUCCAACCGUUUUCUCUCUGUAAAUAAAGGGCAGUGUUAAACAAGGUUA